GCUCGGCCGGCGGCGCCAUAAAGGGAUCUCGUGGUCGCGGCGUCUUCCUGGCUCCAGCAGCAACUCCUACAGAACCGCCAAAAGUUCUGGGCGAAUCUUCCAAUCUGCCCAAAGAACCGGAGAAAAAGACUGAAGCCCAAGUGAUGCCCAAGAUAACCCUCCUUAAGAGGCCGACUACUCUCAACACCGCACGGGAUCGUCCCAAAAGCCAGGUGCGUCCGGGUCCCCGGAUUCCCACUCCUACACGUAAGGUACCCAAGGAACUCGCUCAGGUGGAUCUCAUGACUUCGGCGGACUUUCGACACGACUUUUCCGCACACUUGGACAACAUGCGAACCCGCCAACAGAACCAGAAGCACAUGCAGUUCUUUUCGGAAGCCUUCCAUCAGAACAAGCACCUUUUCAAGGGACGAGUCAUCCUGGUCAUUUGCUGCGGAAUCGGCACACUGGCACUAAUGGCCGCCAAAGCCGGCGCCAAAAGGGUGUACGCCGUGGACUACUCCAAGGUCACCGGCUAUGCGGAGUUGGUGGUGAAGCAGAAUCACUUGGAGAAAGUAAUCAAGGUUCUGCAUGGUCGCAUGAAGGACUUGAAACUCCCGGAGGAAGUUGACGGAAUCGUUUGUAAUUGGAUGGGUCACUGCUUGCUGUGGGAAUGCGAGAUCUUGGAGGUUAUUACGGCUCGAGAUCGCUGGUUGAAGAAGAGAGGCUUCAUUCUUCCGGAUAGGGCUUCGCUUUUCAUUCUAGGAUCAGAGGAGCAUAAGCUGAAAAACGAUCGCUGCAACUGGUGGUUGAAUGUCUACGGCUUCAAUAUGAAGGCCAUGCGUCGAUAUGCCGUAGCCGAGCCCCGCUACGCGAAAACCACCGGGGAGAAGAUCCUCACCUUGGCACACCGCGUCCUAGAACUGGAUCUGAUGACGGUCCAACAGGGGGAUGUGCUCAUUGACAGAAAAUUCAGGUUGAAGGUCAAUCGAGAGGGGUAUCUAGAGUGCUUCAUGUUCUACUUUGACGUGGAGUUCACCUUCUCGCACACGCCCCUCAGGAUGAGCUGCAAUCCUUGUCUGAAGUCGACCCAAAAGGCCGUCUGGCAACAGACCGUCCUCUUUGUCGAGCAUCCCUUCGUGAUGCGUAGUAACCACUUCUACUCUGGGUACCUUAAGUUUUCGCCCCUCAACCCAGAUUCCUUCAAGGAAAUGGAAAUCAGAAUCGACUUCUUCCAAUGCAACGCCUAUGACGAGGACUUGGCUAGUGACUAUUGUCACAAGCUGGUGGGCAAGAGGUGGUUAAUGCUGGAGCACUUCCAGACAGAGAGGGAGGUGGACAGCUGUCAGGAGGAGACAGUUGGUUUGCCGAACUAUUAG